UUUUAUUUCACUUCGUCUUUUUAUUUUCAAUUACUAUAUUGUGUUUGCUGUGCUGCUUGUGCUUAUUAUUUUUGUUUAAAUUGUGAUUUUCAUAGAAUUAUAAAAUGUCAGAUACGAAAAGAAAGAGGACACCUUCAUUUAAAAGAGCUAAACUAGUUGAACGUCCAGCUAGAAAAAUUAGCCAACCCGAGAUAUUGACCCUUAUAUCGGCUAUUAAAAAAAAUAAUAUAAAUGAAGUUAAUGAAUUUCUUAAAAGUGAAAAUCAAAAUAAUGAUUUUAAACAAAACGGUUUGAACAUGACUCCACUACAUUAUGCAGUACAAGGUAAAAAUGUAAAAAUUGUCAAAUUAAUGAUUGAUCAUGGUUACGGCAAGAUUAAUGAUAAAAAUCAGCUUUAUAAAACACCUUUGGACUUAGCUUUGGAGAAUAAUUCUUUGGAAAUUUUUAAAUGUUUAAUUGAAAAUGAAUCAGAAAACUGUUCAGAUUUAUUUUUUCUUCACAAGGUGGUUAAGAAAGGAAAUUUGGAAAUAUUGAAAUAUUUAUUAGCAAAUGGGGCUGAAGUUAAUAUUUUCACCAAAGAAAAAAAUGAAAGUCCACUUUCGUGUGCCAUUUGUAAAGGAAACACCGAAAUGGUGAUAGAACUUUUAAAGUAUGGAGCCAAAAAUAAAAAAUGUUACAUAAAUGCAAAACUAGUGAAAGAUGAUAUUUUGAUACUACUUUUAAAGGCUGGUCAUUCAAUGGAAAAUUAUUUUGGCACACAAAUACCAUUAAUUGUUGCUGUUGAAAUGGGUAGUUGGAAAUUAAUUAAAUUUUUAAUUGAAUCUAAUAUUGAUGUUAAUUCACAAACAAAUUUGUAUAACAUUGUGUUUAGUAUUGCUUUGACUAAUGGAAAUUCCAAAAUUGUUCGAAUUUUAUUGGCAGCUGGUGCCGAUCCAAUAGGGAAAAUAAAAAUAAAAAAUUCUAUAGAAUUUUUAAUUCAUCAAAAGUUAUGGACAAAUUUGCAGAAAAUUCAAAUUCUCCAACAUAUUCUCAAUUAUUGUCCAAUAAAAUAUUUGGAUUUAACAAUUUUAUCAUACAUAGAACUUGCGAUAAAAGAAAAAACAUCGGCCCAUUUAAUUGAUAUGCUUAUUAAUUAUGUGAAUGAAGUUAACAACAUUAAUGCUUAG